AUGCAAUAGAGAAUGCAAUUGUGGGGAUUUGUAAUAUUAAACAUUAAUUCAUUGCGCUAGUCAAUAAAUCAAAGUAAGCGUCAUUUUAUGAUUAAAUAUAAGACAUAAGAAACAGACAUUUUGAAUCAAUAACAGAAAGUCGAUCAGUUAACAAAGGAUUAUUAGGUUCAAUUUAAACUACUCUGUAAAGGAUUACAUAAUAAACCUUAUGAAGUCAAUCAAUAAGGGGAUAAUGAAUGUUGUACAAUAUUGUCAAAAUGA